AUGAGCAGUCCUUCACAGUGCGAAGAAGGCCGUCAAGACACGGCGGAUACAUCUGAGGCAGCAGCAGCAGACCCUUCUGCUGCUGCUGAUGUUGCUGCUACUGCUGCAUCUCCUGCUGCUUCUGCUGCUGCUGCUGCUGAGGAGGGGGGGGCGUUGCUGCUGCAGGUGCUAGAGAUAGGCAGCAGCUCUGCCCUAGGCCAGGUGCAGCAGCUCGUGCUGCAGUCGGAGAGCAGCAAACCCUAUAACCAGCAGCUAUUCGAUAAGAUUGCAGCGUAA